CACCGACGCUUUAUUCUCUAUUAUCAUGCUCUUUUUGUCAAGCCAUUCGUAACAAGCAUGUUCGUUCGACAGGCUUGCCAAAAAAUGUAUUUUGACAUCACGACACUUCUCUAUCUUAUUCAUUUGAUAUUCAUCAUUUUUUGUAAACACCGACUGCGUUCACCGUAGCUGUCCACGUGUUCAUUUAUUUUGCAGUUUCAUUAUCUCUUUCUAAUUCACUCUAUAGCGUCUUCGUUCCAAUGUGGGUUAUCUACAGGUGAGGAGGAAGGAAACUAGUCGACUCUUUCAUUCUCACGGUGUUCUUAUGAAGCAGCAGAUGUGACGUCACGUCUGUUGCUGCAUAAGAAACCGCGAGGACGAAAAAGUCGAUUAUUUUCCGUCUUCCUCAACUCUUAGUACCACACAUCGUCUUCGUUCAACGUUGUAAGAAAAGAACACGUCUACGUUUUCUAUGGUUAUCGUUGUUUUGCUAUUCUACAGUCGUGAAAAAGUUCUUAGUGUUGUUGUCGACCAAUUUUUACUGUUUCAAGUUAAGAUUUUAAAACAGAUCCUAAACUUUUCAAUCGCAAUGGACGUAUCAGCAUCAUCGAUCGAAAAAAAGAAAUACAGAGAGAUCCUAGCGGAAGGCUGCAUUUCCACGGAAGACGGAUUUGUAUUGUGUGCCAUCGAUGCUGCCAACAGUUGCAAAUACCGACAGAAAGCUGAAAAAUUUGAUGCCGGAAAUUUUAUCCGACAUCUUCGUACAGAACACACCAUUCUGGCCAAAUCACGUGGACUACUUAAAGAUGAGGCGGAAGUACCAUCCAAGAGAAAGAAGGCAUCAAAAAAAAUGAUUGCCAUCGACAGGCAAACAUUUGUCGAAGCAAUAUUGAAACUGGUGACCGUCCAUCACGUUCCCCUGCACUGUGUCGAAUGGGAAGGGUUUCAACUGCUCUUGAAACCCAUUGGUGAAGCACUAAAUAUGUGCAUGAAUCGCCCUAACGUUCUCAGACAUCUAACAGUUGCUGCCACAAAGAUCCGAUCCGCGAUUAGAAGUCUGGUGAACGGAAAGCUUAUAUGUCUAAAAAUCGACAGUGCUUCUCGACAUGGACGACACAUCCUGGGUGUCAACAUCCAAUUUUUUGACCCAGAGCAGCAGCAGGUAGUGAUUCUGACCGUCGGUAAGUGACAGCAUCUUAUCAAGUUGAAACAGGGCGGAUUGCAUCUUUAUAAUUAGGGAGACACUAUUCCAAGUACAGCUUUUUCGUAAAAAGUUUAAUGCAUGGAAUGGGAUAUCCCGUGAUUCGCCGUACAUGUAAAUCAUAGAUUUAUACUCAAAAUAAUUUCAUUUCUUCUUCAGGGAUGAUUGAACUUAAUGAGAGGCACACUGCCAAAUUUCUAAGGUCGAAAAUCGAAGAAAUACUCGCAGGAUACGGCAUUUCACUUGAGCAGAUAUUUUCUAUCACAUGCGACAACGGUGCAAAUAUGAUUGCAGCUGUAAAGCAGUUGCAGUCAUAUUUGCAGGUUAUGAUCCUCUCCACUGAAGACGACGAAGAUGACCCAUCACAAGAGCUACCUGGACUAGACUGGACCGAAGCGAUUGAAGAAGAAUUUUUCAAUCGUAUAACGCUUGUGAGGUGUGCUGUGCACACAAUGCAGCUAGCAGUCACCGAUGUUAUCAAGGCAUGUGAUGCUGACAUCCGUCAAUGUACUACAGUCACAAAAAAUUGCCGCAAGAUAGCUUAUAAACCGGUGUUCGAU